AUGUCCACAUCCGCUAUUUCGGAUGUUCCUAUAGUACAACCUCCUGUUCCCAUAGAGGGAUUCAAAUUGGAAACCAAUGGUCAAGAAUUUGUUCGUAUUUUGGAACAAAAGUUAAAAGGUCUUAAUAUCACAGUUAUGUCCCAUGAAGAUUAUUCUGAGGAUAAUAAUGAAAACCAUAUUCACCAAAUAGCUGAUAUGUUUGCUAAUAUAGACAUUAGUAACCUUGAUAUUAAUAAUGCUAAUAGUAGAAACCCUAUUUAUUCUCCUAAACCUAUAGAAAAGUAUUAUUAUAAGCGUCCCUCACCGCAAGAUUUACUCUUUGAGGAAACAGAACCAUUCCAGAAUUCUUAUUCAGGAAAAGCCAUUUAUGAAUGGAAUGUUGAUGGUCUUAAUGACAAAAAAAUUAUAGAUACUAUUCAUAGAAUGAUCAUGUAUUCUACUGUCUGCAAGCAACAUGGAAAUUCAGACAGUUCUAUAGCAUCCUUUAUAACUACAGGAUUUGUUGGCCAACUUAGAGGCUGGUGGGAUCAAUAUCUCACUGAAUCCCAAAAAUUAGAGAUUCUUAAUCAUAAGAAAAUUGUUAAGAUAGAGCCAGGAACCAAUACGAGCACUACUCUGUCUACCACCACCACCGGAGAAUAA